GAGAGGGAGAGAGAGAGUAGAAACUGUUAAAACGUGUGUUCGCUCUUACCAGUCUCAGCAUCGCUCAGUUCCUGCAGGAGGCUGCAGCUCCAUCACUCCAGGAUCUCCACUGGCACCGAUGACCAGAUAUGAUCUACCCACUUCCCAGUCAACCCAUUUCACUCUGAGCUGGGAUCUCUUUCUAUUUGUUUGCAUGGAUGAUAACAGCAUACCGCAUAUUGAUGGAUUUCUCAUACCACAACUAAUUUGACUCAAACCCGGGAUUGGUGGGGGGAAAGAGAGAAAAGACAAAAAGAGGGGGGGUGACUCCAAGUGGUUUCCAGCGGGGUUUCUUUAGGUUUGUGGAAGCUGCAGUUCAGCCUGCUUUGGACAUGGGACCGUGCGUCAGCCGAGAGGGAUCCGGUGCCGGAGGAAGAACAUCUUCCUGAAGGAGGAAAAGCCCGUGUGCGGGAGUUUUUUAAUUUCUGUCUUUUUGCCACCGGGGAGGGGGAGCUGUGGGUUUUACGCGCCGGAAUGAUGCGUCCCAACCGCGGCUUCAUCUUACUCCUCCUCAACGGAACUGCUUGUUUGGUGGCCCUGGGUCAAGAAGACGACUCCUCCAGCCCCAAGAGCUCUUCAGACGACUCCUCCAAGACAGUGGGCCUCCUGAGCGGGCAGGCUCCCCUCUCACCCCUGAGCCGCUGGAUGCUUCACAGUAAGAGCAGAGCUGCUAACACCACCUCUCUAGAGCUGCCCUACCGCUCCCCGGUCCCUUUCUCCAAGCAGGAGUUUUCGAAACAGGAGUUCUGGGAGAUGUUGGGCAGUGACCUGCUUAAACCCGACGCCUCCAGCUCCAGGGUCAAACGGCGGCCCAUCGUUAAAACCGGCAAGUUUAAGAAGAUGUUCGGCUGGGGAGACUUCUACUCCAACAUCAAGACGGUGAGGCUCAACCUGCUGAUCACCGGCAAGAUUGUGGACCACGGUAACGGUACGUUCAGCGUCUACUUCCGCCACAACUCCACGGGCCAGGGCAACAUCUCAGUCAGCCUGGUGCCACCUGUCAAGGCUGUGGAGUUUGACCUGGAGCGCCAGAGCGUGGUCUACCCCAAGGACUCAAAGAUCUUCAACUGCCGCGUGGACUAUGAGAAGGUGGAUCGCAGCAAGCGCACCUCGCUGUGCAACUAUGACCCGUCCAAGACCUGCUUCCAGGAGCAGAUUCAGAGCCACGUGUCUUGGAUUUGCUCCAAGCCUUUCAAGGUCAUCUGUAUCUACAUUUCCUUCUACAGUACGGACUACCGCCUGGUCCAGAAGGUUUGCCCGGACUACAACUACCAUAACGAGAUGCCCUACCUGCCCUCGGGCUAGACGACUUCUAGGGGGGAGGAGAGGUGGGAGGGGAGAGGAAAAGGGGGGUGAGUAGGAGUGACUGCAACACACGAGGAGAUAACCAGGGCUGUGAAUCGUCCUUAACGCCAUUGUGGCACCUUAAAAAAAAACCCUCUCUGUAGCCUGACUAUUCUAAGAUGUAAAAACAUAUAUGCAAAACAAAAACUACAGUAUGCAGAUAAUGAGGCAUUUGGAAUGCGUAACUGCAGCAUUCAUUAACUGGACUGGUAGUGAAAAUCAAACACGCACAUUCUUACCUCAACCCAGUUUCUAAAUGCCAACUUCUCGCCAGCUAAUUCUCUCCUCCAUUAAGUCAUCUGUGAAUGUUGUCUGAAUGUCCUUUUAAUCACCCUUUACUAUAUUGCUCUUUUGCAAAGUCACAAGGCAGCAUUUUUCAGCGAAAGCACGCUUUUAAAUGCUGCGAUAUGAUUCACCGGAGAGUUGUAUACAAAUCCAGACUUUAUUACAAACAUCAUACAGUGUUAAACAUUGCACACUGUAAAUGAUUAAAAACUUACCAGAGGGAACACAAAGCGUUGUUUCUCUCACAAGGAGCAGAUGAAUGUAAAGUGUAACCGACCACAGGAUCGUUUAGGUUACACUCAAAGUCUUUUUAAAGGGCAUCUUUUUUUAUCUGAACUUUAAGUCCAUCCCCAAAUAAAGUUCCUCGUCCUACCCAUUCUCUCCCCCACUGUCCUUACAUGCAAGCAUCCCACAUUGUCACUGUGUAGUUUGCAGCCUGCCAAAUCUAAUCACAGUAUAUCUCUCAGUUAUGUCACCUCCAUUUCAAUAAAAGAGGGAGAAGAGGGGGAGACAAAAUAAUAAAAUUUGCAAGAAAAAGCAAUUGCUCAACAAAGAUUCAGGGCCAGGGCUUAAGACGAGUUCGGUGUGAGGGAAGUAACUAGAUUCUGCAUAGAGAUAGAAUUGGCCCUCCACACUUAAGAGAGGGAGGGAGAGGGAGAGGUGGGGGAGGGAGAGAGGGAGAGAUUCAGUGAGCUGUUUUAAUUAAAGUGGAGAAGGAGACUUAGAGUAUGCAGCUCCUUCUAUUGUCCCCUCUGUAUGAAAAAGAUUACAUUUUGUUGCCGUCAGGAUUCCUGAUUUCACGCCUUGAUAACUUUGACUGUGUGAGGCAGAUUGCUCUCUCCCGACAAAUACUGUGCUCACUAAAGUCGGCCCGUUAUCUUGAAUAAAUGAAAAUAUUAUCAUAAUAAUUACAUAUAAUUUAAUCUCCUUUAGAACUAAUUAAGGUUUCAACGAGAGGGCGAAAUGUAUUCCUAAAAAUCAAGUCAGCGGGUAGGAGGAUAAGAGGACGUUCAUGGGGAUAGUUGUGGUUUUUUUUUUUCUGCUUGGAGCCAGCAGCCAAAGCUCAGCUCAGAGUUAACUGCUCUCAUUAAGAUAAAUUGCCACUGGCUGGCCCGUCUCAUGUUACUCUCACAAACAAUAUCAGUGGAGAGAAGUGCACAGUGGAGCCAUGAAUUAGGUAGCCUGACAUUUUGUUAGUGAGAGGUUACCCUGUUCAUGAGGGCACAAUGACUUCUCAUUGGACAGUUACACAAUACAGGUGUGAAGAGUCAUUAAACGGUGAGAUCAGGUAACCUGUUUGAUGCUAAUGUGCUGUGAUAUCAGGGAUUUAGCCAAGAUCUGUGUACGCCCGGCUGGAACUGUGCAGCGAUGUCCCAGGUGGACCUGCGCAGCGGUGAGCAGUAACCAUGUGGGGGGCACUGUGAGGCCAGACAUAAAUGCAUUGCCUUUGCUGCUCUGUGUGAGAUUGAGGAGCAGGAGUUUGAGGGAAAGCACAGUGAUAAGGCUAAAGAUAGUGACAAAGACCACAUUAAAGCUCUGCGUUUUUUAAUUCACUCUUAAAGAGGGGGGUAGCUCCUCUCCAUAUGCGACUUAAUCAACUUGUGGCACAGAGCAAAUGGCAGCAGGGCACGAGCACGUCCGCAGGGGACGGACAGCUACACCACCCACAGCAAUGAUUAAGGCAGUUCAUCUGGCCGGCAUCAAACCUCCAUCUCCUCCUGUUGUGAUUGUUUUAUUGAAACAGAUAUUUCAUAUAUGCAUCGAUUUAUGUUGACAACACAUGUGUCUGUAUUUAAGUGUCUCACAAUCAAGAAUCCUCACAGAGGGGAUUUUACUGAAGAGGCUAUUGAUAAUCAGAGUGCCAACUUCUGUACUAACAAGCCCGUAGGGACAGAGUCUGAUUUAUGCCACAUCACAGUAACUGUUCAGGCUGCUCACAUUCACUGAUCGUAGUUAUACCUAUGAAAAGUAAUGCACUACAAUUCAUACAUUACCAACGUAAGGAGGCUGUGAUAUACGUCAUACUAUAGGGGCAAAGGAGGAGGUCAGGACACGUAGCAUGAAGAAAUACAAAAAGCUCUAUUUGCAAAGGACUAGUAUUACCAGGGGACAUCAUGUGAUUUAGAUUAUACCCCACAUCUGUGUUUUGUGUGGUACAUUCGCACAGGAUAAGUGUAGUAUGUGUUUUACCCCAGUUUACUGACCCUCAGACACAAACAGUACACAUCAUCACUACAGUGCAUAUAGUGUUAACUGUUUCUAAGUGUCAGUUAAAGAAACAGAACUCAUCACCCAUCAUCUUCGGAGAUUUUGCUCUAUUGACAUAUUGGAGUUUGUUUUUUCUGCAAAUUGGUCUCCGUGCUGCUCUGUAGCGAGAUUGAGCCUCCUGAAUUUGCACCCAAAUUUCAGUCAAAACUUUCAUUUACGAUUGCAAAUGCAGCCAAUGACAAGAGGUCCCAACAUGGCAAGGUUAGCUAGGUAGUCCUGUGCAAAUAAGGCUGAAGUCCUCAUAGGGAGGUGGUUAUUUUAAAUUGUAUAUAUACAUCAGGUUGUCACGUUACCCUAAGUACAUCAUGUUGUUCUUUUAAACCUAACCUAAGCCGGUAGGGACGCUUAUUCAUAAGCUAUCAUACAAACUGGUGUUUGAGGAUACGUUGAACUGUUUAUGCAGUCUUUAUUUGAAAGUAUACAGAGUCAAAGUGGAACAUGCAAUAUAGAUGUAAGUCCUGUCUGCAGGAUGAGAUACCAAGCUUGUAAAAUGCACAUCAACCAGCAUGAAUGAACCACUGCCUCUUGCUCUGUUCAUUCAUUUCCUCACCCUCCAGCCCUCUGCCCCUUUUUCCCUCCAGACCUCCGUAUAUUACUCAGCCAUACGCCCCACCGUCUUCACGCUGUUGUCCUCUCCCUGUGUGUGACCCGGCUGACUGGCCCGGGCCCCCAUACCCUCUCUGCCUCCCUUACCCUGGCGUUGAACCCUGCUGUGGGUAGUUCCUCACGGCUGCCCCGCCUGCCCUCCUGUGCAUAGCGCUGAGCUGAGCUGGCUAAUCUCUGUGAGCUUAAUGCCGAGCCAACUGAACAUCAGCAGUGAGAACUCCCCUCUCUCCUUCUCUAUCUAUCUGUUUCUCUCUUUAUCUAUAUCCCAUCAAACAAAUGCGUGUGCACACACAGUCUUAAGAUGUGCUGGUUUAGGUAUUUUCCUCUCUCCUGUUCAAAGCAUCUUACAUAAGCCCCUGGAUUGUGAGAACAUGAAAUCUCCUCGAGAGCAUGCCAACGGAGUGCCCGACACAGAUAUGCCUCAGUAACCUCAAUACUCCUCUCCCCGCCUCCUGCAGGGUGUCCGGAGAGAAGCUGGAUACUCACACAUGUUGGAAUCAAAGCUGGGCAACAUGAGCCCACAGCACUGAACUCAUGUAGAAAAAAAAACAAGAACACAUCUUGGGCUACAUGCUGGGAAGAAGCCCUUCACUCUGCUCCUUACGGAUCCUCUCAGAUUUACAGCAAUACUCUCACUGAGACUCCACCCUCUCCGCCUCUCUCCGGGGUGACUUAAAGAAAGGCUGCUGGACUAAGUUAAACAGACAGUCAUGCUGCUGCGGGAUGGACGAUGUUGUUAUGACGGCAGCCUUACUGUUGACCCAUCUAAUGCCAACAGACAUGUGGAUAUUUGGCCUUAGAGACUGCAAGACAACACUGGUCCCCUCAGCAAAGAAUAGUAACAAAACUCGACUGUCAAAAACAUAAAUAUACAUAUAAAUAUAUAUAUAUAUAAAAGCUAAGAGUCCUCAGAUCUGAAUAAAGUUGUAUUUAAAUGUGGGUCAUGCAGUGGAGGUCGUCUGUUUUAUCUUUUUGUUCCUCAUGGUUUUGUUUAACUAUGUCA